CAGCAGUUAUUGAUGCAAUUUACAUAAAAAAGAACCCAAGAAUUGCUGUGUUAGUCUUUGCUGUUGGCAAGUACACCAGUUUUAUAAAGGGCUUCAUUGAGUCAGGGGAAAAGCACUUUUUCGUUGGAUUCAGGGUCACUUACUAUAUCUUUACAGACAACAAAAAAGAAGUUCCUCAGGUUAAGCUUGGUCCAAGCCGCAAUAUAUCCAUUCUUUCUGUCCCGAGUGCCCAACACUGGCAGGAAGUCGUACUCGGCAGAAUGAAAUGGGCCACUUUCGCCAUUGAAAAACAGAUCCGUAAUGAAGCAGAUUAUCUUUUCAUGAUGGACAUUGACAGUGUUUUCCACGGCCGUUUUGGAGCAGAGUCUCUUAGUCAACUGACUGCUGUACUUCACCGUGGCUACUACAAGACCACACAUAGGGACAGUUUUCCCUAUGAGCGACGGUCAAAAUCCAAGGCUUACAUCCCUGCUGGUGAAGGAGACUACUAUUACACUGCAGCUGUGUGGGGAGGAUACCUGGAAGACAUGUACAGACUUGUCAAAUACUGCUAUGAGCAAUCAAAAGAAGAUGACAAGAACAACAUUCAAGCUGUGUGGCAGGAGGAGAGUCAUCUAAACAGGUUCCUGUUUUACAACAAACCAACCAAGAUUCUAUCUCCAGAAUAUCUGUAGUCUGACAAUGAUGCGGUAUCAGCAGACAUUAAAGUGGUCAGGAUCUCGCAGUUGGUCAAGGACUAUACAAAAGUGCGGCCUAAUGGUGGAAACUGAGAUCACAUUGAUGAUUUUCAAGACAUAAAACCUUGGAAAAUGCAACCACUAGUGUAUGCUGUUUAAUAUAUUUUGUAUAUUCUGCGAACGGAUUUAAAAAAAUAAUUUCUGCUCCUUUCCAACCAACUUUUGUAACAGCAUUCCUAUACA